AUGGCAGAACACUGGAUUAAAUAUGUUAGAAGAUUUGAUAUUCUUUUAGAAGACGCUUUGAGGUUGGGUAUAAAAUCAACAAUGCAAAAUAUGUAUAAGUGUGUACAUGGAGAUGGAACAAUGGCACCAUCACCCUUGUUGAAAAUGGACCUCUACCUUGUUGGGAAGAAUAUAACUUAUAUACCUUCAAAAAUAGAAAUCCAAGAUACAUUCACGACAGUUCUUGAAGAAAUAGUCCAUAUAAUAAGUUCAAUUCCUCGUUUGUAUGAAAAAUUUUCGCUGCCUUCUGGUGGCUUGAGAAAGUUUUUUGAAGUAAUAGCUACGGAUCAAGAUUGUAAUAAAUUGCAGAAACUGAUUAACGAGGAAAUUGAUUACAAUAUUCAGUUAGUUAUUGAUCACUUAACUAUGUGGGAUCCUUACAUGCAUAUUUGGAAAGUAGACAAAGACGAAUUUUUAGAAAACUAUCGAUCUGAAAAGCAUACUGCAGAAGAAUUUGAUGAACUUAUUAUAAAUUACAGUAAUCUUGCUAACUCUAUUCAAAUUCAAGAAACUAUCAAUCAGAUUCAUUUCAUAACUCUCAACUCCAGUGAGUUAAAGAAGUCUAUUAUAUCUCACUGUAUUGUUUGGCAAACCAAGUUAGGAGAAUUAUUACGAAGUAUUACUGAGGCUGAUAUUGAUGUAGUCUACAAUUACGUCGAAAAGAGCAGUGAAGAAGCUAUGAAGGUACCGCAAGAUUUAAAGGAGCUCCAAGAAAGUAUUGAAACUUAUGAUCGUUUAAUAUCCGAAAUACCACAAAUGGAAAAAACUUUCCCUCCUAUAUCUGAUCAAAUGGUGACAUUGGUUAAAUUCGAGGUUGAACUAAGUUCUGAUAUGACGACACGUCAUGAAAAUAUACCUGUGCUAUGGGAAGGAUACUUGGGUGUCUUGGAAGAUGCUAAAAAGAAUCUGGAAGCAAACAAAGAAAAAUUCAAAACGGGCCUAUUGGAUCAAGCUGAGUACACCAGUGAAUCUGGAUCUUCUGAAGAUGGAGAAAGAAUUAGAGAAGCUGGAAGAAGUUUGGGGCUUGGUAAAUCAGUGGGAAGAGUCCUGGGAAAAAUAUAA